GAGGUCCUCCGUCCCUUCGUUGUCUUGUCACGGAGAGGCGGCGGAAAGGAGGGCGGAUCGGUGGCCGGUGGUGAUUUGAACUACGCGAACAUUGAUUCCUUUGGCGAGGAGGCGUUUGGUUCGAUUUUCUUCGAUCCCGGCGGUUCGAUCUCACAUGGCUUUUGUCCUUUUUGUGGCGGAUCUCUCGUGGCAUCUUGGUCCUUGCGCUUGAACUCGGAAGAGUUCAACUUCGGUGUGGGCGUAUAUUUAAAGGAUGGAAUCUGGUGCCAUACACGAACUGGAGUUCCAAAAGGAAAUGGCGGAUAAGGAUCCUGUGGUGAAUGGAGUUGGGCCAAAUGUGAUCGAAGAAGAUAGCAACCAUUAUGUUGAUACUGUGGAAGCCAUAACCCGCUGCACAAAAAAAUCAGAUGGGGAAGUUGUUGAUACUUCUGAAGAGGUUAAUGAAGGUUCUGUAUCUGUUGCAGGAAUCAAAUCAUCAAAUUCUGUUGAGACAUUGAGAUCCGGUGAAGACGUUCAAUCAGAAAAGGCACAGACAGACAAAGGGAGUCAUAAUGGCCAUUCAAAUGAACUCCAAAAGAAAAAAUCUGCUCUUGUGCCGAGUCACUCAUUUCCUUCUAAAGGCCAUGUUGGGGCCAGUGGGAGGAAGAACUCGGCAAUCAUAGUGCAACCUAAGGAUGCGCCCUCGACUAUUAAUCCCAUUCAUCCUGGGAAGCAACCUUCUUUAACAACUGGGACUUGCACUCGGAGAUCGUUGCCAGCAAAGACUGGUUCAGUGGAUGCAUCUGUAGAAGAUAUUGCUUCAGAAACUGGAAUUGGUUCUCCACGUUCAAGGAGGAGCACUAUUUCUGGUUUUAGUUUCAGAUUGGAUGAGCGUGCAGAGAAACGCAAGGAGUUUUUUAUGAAACUUGAAGAGAAAAAUCAUGCGAAGGAAGUAGAACAGACAAAUUUGCAGGAAAAGUCUAAGGAAAAUCAAGAGGCUGAGAUCAGACGGCUGAGGAAAACCUUGACUUUUAAGGCAACACCAAUGCCAAACUUUUAUCAAGAACAUGGUCCUCCGAAAGUUGAACUGAAAAAGAUCCCACCGACCCGUGCUAGGUCACCUAAACUUGGCCGACGCAACCCAUCCAAUACAAUAAUAGAAAAGACUUCAGAGGCUACCUGGAGCAUGCACCUGGCUCCCACCACAAAACUGAAUGAAACUGCAGCAACAAAUCAAGGGAGAUCAAGUUCAAAGAAGCCUAUUGAAAGAUCACUUGCCAAGUUUCCUUCUCAGAAAUCAAAACCUGCAUCACUGGAAGCUAAGCCAGCUGCUGCAAAGCCCAAAAUAUCAAUCAGAAGGGCAAAAGUGGAGAAAGUUAAACCUGAAGCCAAUAUUGUUACAACAACAGAAGUUGCCACCGAAACAAUUCCAAUACUGGAACUAGCUCCGGAAAGCAGAGAUGAGGAAUGUAACCCGGAUGUAAACUCUCCAAAUACUGAAAUAUCUUCUCUGGAAGUGUCAGCACAAGGUUAAAUGCAAAGUUUGCUUCCCUAUAUCGUACCAGCUUUGUGACAACUCGAGAGUAUUGUGUGCUGUUUCAUGUUGUGUAUUCCCCUGUUUCCCAAGGAGACAUUGGUUUAUCAAACUUUUUUAUUUGAUCAUGUAUAUUAUAACUGACUGUUGUUCAAUCCACGUGUAUACUUGAGCCAUUUCUCAAUAGGUGUUGGAAAUCUA